AUGAACACCACAGCCUCGUUUUCGGACGGAAGGAUAUUGGAACGUUUUGAGUUUGUUUCAGAAUCCCCGGGAAUAGGGGUGUUUCUUAUCCUGAUUUUAAUCUUGGCUACUUGUUUUGGCACAGUAGGGAAUGUGUUGAUCUUAGUAUCCGUCAGUUCCAUCAUUAAGAUGAGAUCUUACGAGUAUAUUUUCAUCGGAAAUCUGGCAUUUUCAGACAUGUAUGUGACGCUCAUUGCAGACCCAAUGAAUAUUGUCAGUAAAUUAGAGGGAGAAAGAUUCUUCUAUGCAUAUCCGCGUCUAUGUCCAGCGAUCGCAUACUUGUGCACCAUAUCCUGUAUUAAUUCCCUUGGUUCUAUUACUCUAAUGAGCUUCAGCCGCUUUAUCUUCACUUGCCAUAGCAAAUACUACAAUAAUAUAUUUUCAAAGAGAUCGUGUAUUGCGAUGUGUUUUUCUCUUUAUCUUAUUGGAAUUUUACUAAUCCUAUUAAAUUUGGCAGGGAUUGGGGACCACUCCUUUGAUCGUAAAAGUCUUGAGUGCAUUUGGGACCGAAUGGCCACUUACUAUUACACAGUGAUAUUCUCUAUUGUUCUUGUAUGGAUUCCAGUUAUACUGACGGGAUUAUUUUACUUGUGUAUUUAUCAAAAAUUUCAUAAAAGCAGCAAACAAGUCAUGGAUCUAACGUCAUACAAUCAGCAACGGAAGUCAAUGUGCUUUGCUCGAACCUUGUUUCUGAUUUAUCUGAUUUUCACAACUUGUUGGGUACCAUAUGCACUAAUUAUUGUACUGGACAGACAAGAUUCCUUUCCUCACGAAGCACAUUUAAUAAUAACGACGUUUGCCCACUUGCAUCCAUCCAUCAAUUGGCUGGUUUACUACAUGACCAACAAAAACUUCAAAUAUGCUUUUAAUUCACUCAUAAAAUUAGACAGUUGUAAGAAGAAACACAUAACAAGGAUUCAGGUGCUACCAGCGCCAGAAUGA